AUGACGUCAGGGACGAGGCUGCCGACAUGGAAGGAGAGAGAAAACAACAAGAGGAGAGAGAGAAGAAGAAGAGCCAUAGCUGCAAAGAUCUUCUCUGGUUUGAGAAUGUAUGGUAACUUCAGAUUACCGAAACAUUGUGAUAACAAUGAAGUUCUUAAAGCUCUAUGUAAUCAAGCUGGUUGGACUGUUGAACCUGAUGGAACCACUUAUCGUAAGGGAUGCAAACCUUUAGAGAAUAUGGAUAUAAUUGGCGGAUCAUCGGCUGCAAGCCCUUGCUCAUCUUACCAUCCAAGCCCUGGCUCAUCGUCCUUCCCAAGUCCAUCUUCGUCUCCUUACACUGCAAAUCGUAACACCGAUGGUAAUUCCCUCAUUCCGUGGCUCAAAAACCUCUCCACAGCUUCGUCUUCAGCAUCAUCUCCGAAACUUCCGCACCCCUACCUUCAUUGUGGCUCCAUCAGUGCUCCUGUCACACCUCCUUUAAGCUCUCCGACUUCCAGAACACCGCAAAUGAAUACUGCUGACUGGGAAGAUCGAUCUGCACGGCAGGGAUGGACUGGACAGCAUUAUUCUUUCCUGCCUUCUUCCGGUCCUCCAAGCCCUGGCCGUCAGAUAGUCGAUCCUGAAUGGUUUGCAGGGAUCAAACUUCCUCAUGCUAGUCCAACUUCACCAACAUUCAACCUCGUCUCUCGAAAUCCAUUUGCUUUCAAGGAAGAUGGUUUUUCGGGGAAUGGUUCGCGUAUGUGGACCCCUGGACAGAGUGGAACGUGUUCUCCGGCUAUUGCAGCAGGAUCUGAUUACACUGCUGACAUUCCUAUGUCAGAAGCUAUCUCAGAUGAAUUUGCAUUUGGAAGUAACACAUUUGGGAUUGUGAAGCCUUGGGAAGGAGAAAGGAUCCAUGAAGAAUUUCUAACAGAUGAUCUCGAACUUACACUUGGUAACUCAAAGACCAGGUGA